AUGGCUGAACCUGAUGGCGACUUGAUGAAAGAAGAUGACACUUGCUUAAGUGGCCAAAUCGAGGAGAUUUUACAAGGUGGUAUGAGCCAUACCAGCUCACACACCACUUCAAUUGACGGCGAACAAGGCUCGGUUGAGUAUGAUGCAGAAAUUGACACAGAAAAUGUUGAUAGCGCGGCAGAACUAGCAGUUCAAGUGGAGCCUACGAAACGGAAGCGUGCACAGCUGUUGUUUACAGGAAGUAUCACUGGUGACGUGCAAGUAAAGAAGAGGCGCGAGAACUUGCGGAGUACGAGUCAGCGUCGACUGCCAGCGCGUUUUAACGAUUUCAUCGUUCAUGCAACAGUAAGUACCUGCAGUGACGGAUACAAAGGACUAUUAAAAGGUAAUGUCAAGAUCCCGAAAUCAUUCGGAAGCACUGCAAUGUGA